GCCUGAGUCGCUGACUGCUCGAGAGCUGCGCAACCACUAGCGCCCCUUGGCAAUUUCACCCUCUACCGCCAGCCCCUCGGCCUUUCUCUCAUCCUCUCCCGCUUCCUUCUCUCUUCUUCCUUUUCUCCUUUUUGGCUCUUUGGCUUCGGCUUUGCCUUGGAUCUUCUGGCUUUCUGUCCUGUCUCCCAUUGUUCCCUCUUACACCAUCGCCUUGACCUGCCCUUCGUCUCUUCGCUACUUGACCCCAUCAACCAACCCCAUCCCUUUCUCCAACCUUGCUUCGCUUAGCGUACCAUUCUCCAGUGUAUUCCAGACUUCAACUUUCACUCCUCGCCUUGUCAACUUUAAACUCCCUUUUUGAUUACCUCGCGUUUUUAGCUUUUACUUCACAUAUACUUUCAUUGAGCCAAACCACCGCCCAGAACUAGGCGACCAGACGCGUACUCGAGUACACCAGCUCACACUGUCGUCACUACUCGGGAUCCAUUCUUCCUUGAAGACAUUCGUUCUGAAAAGGACGUUGUGCUUCAGGUAAAGGGUCAUUGGGCUAUCAUCUCUUGCGCGACUAUCUAUACCGGGGCUGUGCGACCUCGAAGUAGCACGGAGAUUGGCUGCAUCACUUGUUUCGCAAAGUUGAUCGCAUUCAGCCGAGUUCGGGAGAUUCGCGAUUUUGUUUCAAUCCAACCUACGCGAUGGCCCACACUCAGCCAUCGCCCACAGGAGGCGUGGCUCCUCAUCAUGGACACCUCGCCGCCCAUCCUCCCGUCAAUGGUCACCUACCUCUGCAGUCGCCAGCGCAGACGCAGAAACCUCCGGUGAGCACCGCCCAGAGGAUCGCGACUUUGAACGAGCAGGUCUGGCUACAAAUUGGUAGCAUGACUGAGCUGUUGGGCGAUUUGGACGGAGCGAUGAACGCGUACGAACAAGCUUUACGUCAUAACCAAUGGUCCGUCGCUGCCAUGAAUGCGAUCUCAUGUAUUCUGCGAACGAGAGAACAGUUCCCUAAAGCCGUCGAGUAUUUGCAAAACAUCCUCAAACUGGACCCGGGGAGUGGUGAAACGUGGGGAAGCCUGGGCCACUGCUACCUGAUGAUGGACAAUCUGCAGGAGGCUUACACAUCGUAUCAGCAAGCGCUAUACCACCUGCGCGACCCCAAGGAGCCCAAGUUGUGGUAUGGAAUUGGUAUACUUUACGAUCGUUACGGCUCUCUCGACCACGCGGAAGAAGCGUUCUCACAAGUUAUGCGAAUGGCGCCUGAGUUUGAAAAAGCCAACGAGAUCUAUUUUCGACUGGGUAUCAUAUACAAGCAGCAGCAGAAGUUCAACCAGAGCUUGGAUUGCUUCAAAUACAUUGUCAAUGACCCGCCACGCCCUUUGACGGAGGAAGACAUCUGGUUCCAGAUCGGCCAUGUGCAUGAGCAGCAGAAAGAUUUCGAGUCCGCGCAACAAGCAUAUAGACGCGUUCUUGACCGUGAUCCCAACCACGCCAAGGUGUUGCAACAACUUGGAUGGCUUUUCCACCAGCAAAGCAACAGCUACACGAGCCAAGAAAAGGCGAUCGAGUUCCUCGAAAAAUCCGUUAGUGCUGACAACAGCGACGCGCAAAGCUGGUAUCUUCUUGGUCGCUGCUACAUGUCUCAGGCGAAAUACCCCAAGGCAUACGAGGCCUAUCAGCAGGCAGUCUACCGUGAUGGCCGCAACCCCACCUUCUGGUGCUCAAUUGGUGUUCUGUACUACCAGAUUAACCAGUAUCGUGAUGCAUUGGAUGCGUACUCGCGUGCUAUCCGACUGAAUCCGUACAUCUCCGAGGUUUGGUACGAUCUGGGAACUCUCUACGAGUCCUGCAACAACCAGAUCGCUGAUGCUUUGGACGCCUACGGCCGCGCUGCUGACCUGGACCCAACUAAUGUCCACAUCAAAGCCCGAUUGCAACUCCUCCAAAACCAGCUCUCCGCUGGUGGCCAGAGCAACGGCCCAGCUCCCCAACCGCAGGACGUUCAUCCCCAAGCUUACCAGGCUCCUGGAGUUGGAGCGCCUCCCGCACCGCAAUGGGGCGCAACCCCUGUUCCAACCGGAGGACCACCUCCCCAGCCCCCAGCUCCUCCACGGCAAAUCGCUGAUUGGAACCGUGGCAUCAACGACGUCCCGGCUCAAGGCCCAGCUCCUGGAGCAAACGGAUUCGAUCACCGCGACGCACCUCGUCCCAGCGCAAUCCAGCAGCCUAGCCCACGUCAAGAUCCUGGCAGAGGAUUGCCCGAGGGCGCGCGCCCUCUCCCAGGCGGCCGGUCACCAAAGCCCGGCCUCGCUGGACCGGGUGUUUACCCUCCAGGACACGCUCUUCCCCAGCUCCAGAACCCACCACCUUCCUCCCAUGAUCGUGCUCCUAGCGGGGCUGGCUUCGGUUCUGCCUCCCGCGGCCCGUUGCCUCCUGGCGCUACCCCGGGGGUUCCGGGCGGCCCUAACAGCGCUCCCAACUCCGCUGGUCCUAUGCCUCCUUAUCACCGCCCCUUCACGCCGCCGACCGAAAUCCGGCCCAUCCGCGAGGAUCGCCCCUCUUCGCCCGGAUCCACCUACCCCCACCAGCAGUAUCAUCACGGCCCUAGUGUAUCAGUGCAACCGGUUCAGAGCUCCAACAGCGCUGGCAUUGCGGGCGGCGCUCCUGCGCCGGCGUCUGCUAUCUCUGCUGCGGAGGCCGCUGCUCGUGAGCGCGAGGAUCGUCCCACAUCUGCUAUGAAGCGCGGCCGAGAGUGGGAGGGUGAACCCGGACCGGUGAAGAAGAUUGCUAGUGAGGAGAACCGCUCCAGACUCGAAGACCAGAUCGGUCGUCGUGUGCCGUCUCCUAGCCGCCUGCCUUCGCCUAGUGAGAUUCGCCGUCGCAGCUCGUCCGAAAUCCGCCGCGAGGACCAACGUCGCGUUAACGAAAGCUACCACCCUUCUGAGGCGGCGCACCACCCUCAGACGCUUCCAUCCAUCCAGCACAUGCCGCCGCACGCUUCUGGAACUAGCCUUCCUCCCAUGAACGAAAGUGCUCCGGCCUCCAGUGGAUCCUCGACUGUGCCUCCCACUACGCAGGUCCAAGUGCAGAUUCCUGUCAAGGAGGAGCACACGCGCAGUGAACAACCCCCGGCACACGAGCCUGCUGCGCGUAAAAUGGAAGUCGACGAGAACUAUGACGAUGAUGGUGACGACGAGAAGAAGGCCGGUGCCGUCAAGGGUAGCCCUCAAGGGAGUGGAACCGGCAGUGCCAAUGGAAAUAGCAAUGGCGUUUCAGCAAAGGAGCCCGCCAUCUGAGCAAUCCAGACCCAUCCAAUGCUAGCUUGGGUAUGCCAAGAAACUUUUUGUCAGCGCUACAACUCAGGAUCUCAAUGAAGCUUUUGUUACGAGAAACUCCCAGACCUUCAUUUAUACAUUUCGCCCAUUCCCUUAUCGACAAUGUCCUAUUUUCUUAUGCAUUUGAUUUUCUUUUCGCUCGGCGGUAUUUAUGAUUGUCUGCUGUUUUAGCCCUCGAGUUGUGUUGUACGAUUGAGAGUGUACUAGGGGUGGUUUUGUUGACCGUGUUUGUAUUGUCCAGUCUACCCAUAACGAAAUCUUCAUGCCCUUUACCUAAAUCUGAACCUCAUAAGUUUUGAUGUCAAUAGCCCAAGAUUCGUAGACCGAGCUGCCCGUUGAAAGAUACUUGGAAGUUCAAAGUCCAAGCG